AUGGCGCAGCCUGAAAUCGAGACAAAAGAAAGCGACCUAGUCAUCAUAGUAAUCACGGUUUUAAUCUUCGCGAUCUUCGUCGUGGGUUUGGCUUCGGUUUGCUAUCGCUGGAGCUCUCGCCAAUUUUACCAACUAGAGCAAUCCGUUAACCCGUUCGCAGACUCCGUCGACGGAUUCAUCACAGUCAUGAGGAGUACAAGGAGGAACACGGAGGCGCGUGGGAUCAACGCGGCUAUCGUGAAAUCGUUCCCGACGUUUCUCUACUUGGAGGUGAAGGAGCGGAAGAUCGGGAAAGGCGGGGUCGAGUGUGCGGUGUGUCUUUGUGAGUUCCAAGACGACGAAACGCUGCGUUUGAUGCCUAAUUGUUGCCACGUGUUUCACGCUGAUUGUGUAAGUGUCUGGCUCUCCGAUCACUCCACGUGUCCUCUCUGUCGAGUGGAUAUUGUUUUCCGACCGUGUGAGGAGAGCAAUCCGGAUCACGAGCAAAGCGUUUUAGAUUCUACCGACGAGCAUUUGGUUGAUGGUGUGACGUGGACCAAUAGAAAUAGACCGCCUCGGUCAUGGUCAACGAGAUUGUCCCACUGCCGAAUUUCGGAAAUAUUAUUCUCGAGAUCGCAUUCGACCGGACAUUGUGUGGUUCAACCGGUAGAGAGUGUCGACCGGUUUACAAUCCGGUUACCAAUAGAUGUCCGGAGGAAACUGACGAAGAAGACAAUGGGCCACGUGGCGCUAACUCAGGUGAGAAGCUCGCGGCUUGGUUACAGAAGCAGAAGUGCAGGAAGCGAGAGAAGCCUCUUCUCGUACCAACGGAAUAAUUAUAUUAACCGGAGGCUGCAUUCAAUGACUUUCUCCUCCUUCCCUGAUUGUGUAGGGUCCACUUCCGGUGACGGAGAUGCGGUGGCUCCGAUCGAUUUAGGCGAACGGUUGUUUGAACAACUUGAGCUAAGUGAUCGAGUGUAA